GGGAAAAGCGUGUCCGUCUGUCCGCGUUAAACAAAAACGAAACAAGUGAGUUAGUUUGAAAGAGGCAGAGGAAGAAGGGGAAUGAUGAUGACGCGUAGCGAAUAAAUGCACUUUAAACGAUCCCAGCUAAACGAUUGACGAAUUGAGCACAUAUCGGCAACUGAAACAAAAUUGAAAACCCAUUAAAAGAGAGAAAGAGAGAGACGAAAACUGCUUGUGGGCAAUGCAAUCGGAAAAUCUGUAAAUGAGAAACUAAGAGUUGUUGUGUUGUUGUAUUGUUGUUGACGCCAACCGGUCUCGUGCUAAGCUCGACUUGGGUGCGUGCAGUCGCCAAUCGCAGCGCCAGCGCUUGGAGCUUUGUGGUGCUCAACGGUCAGCAGUAAGUGUAAACAAAUAAUUACUUCAAGCGGACACGAAUAAAUUGUUGCCAACUUCAUUCACAUCAGUAGAGCGCGGCACGUCGGUGUGACAGUGCAUUAGUGGCACUGCAAAGGACGCAGGUGCGCACAUUCACGCUCACACAACAUUUGUGACAAAUAAUCAGCGUCUGACAGUCAGGCACCAGGUAGUCGAUGUGUAAGCGCACGCUCCUUAGUGGCUGGCGCGGAGUGGGUCGGAUGCCAAACUGCAACACACAUGCAAGGCGCGCAAAAUGAAUGCAGGGGGUUUACGCAGCACAUGCAUACGCUUGUAAGCGCUUUGCCACCGCGAGCGGAAGCACGCCACAUGGAAGCAGCGCUGAUGUCAGCGGCAGCAGAGGCAAUGUCGGUUUCAGUUGCAUCACAAGAACAGCUGCAACCUCAUCAACACUAUCAACCAGAAGAACCAGAAGCAAAGCCAAAAUCACAGCCAAAGAAGUUGAAUGUAACGAGUCCCUAUAUAAUAGAAAUCGCUGAUGAUGACGUGAAUGCAAAUUAUCCGCCCAAAGCGCACAGAGAUGGAAACACAGACACGACAACAACACAACCGGCGCAGCAGCGGCUCUGCACAUGUGUGCGUAGCACAAACGAUGCGGCAAUUGUGCUGCGCGUCCGCUUGAAUUUAUGCAACGCCAGCGAGGGUCCCUGCACGCUUUCCACCCAAUGCCAGGCGCUGUCACCGUCAGCGUGUCUGACUAGCGCUGCUCCUGUUGCAACACCGGGCGCUACAGUUAGACCGGAAACGUUGGCGACAAAUCAGAGCACAUACUGCACUGUCUGUUGCUCGUUGGUGGCGCGGGGUAGGGCGCGGCACGACGAGCAGGAAGAGAAAAAGUAUUUGGCAGACUGCAAGCGUUGCUGGCCGCCGCCACUGUUCAUUACGCUGGUGUCGCUUCUGGAGAUUGCCGUCUUCGUCUACGAUUACAUGACAGUCAAAAUGUCUGUGACAGCGUUGCCGUUUACGAGGGCCACAGACAUCAGUGCGAACAAACCGUUCGCAGCGAGUGAGUCGUCGCUUAUCUAUCGGCCAGAUCGUCGUCUGGAGAUUUGGCGUUUUGUCUCCUACAUGCUGUUGCACGCGAAUUGGUUCCACCUGAGCUUCAAUGUGGCCACGCAGCUGGUGUACGGGCUGCCCUUGGAGUGGGUGCACGGUUCGGCGCGCAUUGCCCUCAUCUAUUUGGCUGGCGUAUUUGCCGGCUCGCUGGGCACCAGUGUCGUCGACUCGGAUGUCUAUUUGGUGGGCGCCAGCGGGGGCGUGUAUGCGCUACUGGCCGCAUAUUUUGCGAAUAAUCUGCUGAAUUUCGGUCAAAUGCGCUACGGUAUGGGGCAACUGGUGCGCGUCGUCGUAUUCGUUUCCUGUGAUCUCUGCUAUGCACUCUACAAUAAGUAUUACAACAGCAACAACAAUAACAAUGCUGCCCAUGCAAUAGUUAAGAGCAUACCAACAAUUUCGUAUGUGGCUCACCUGAGUGGCGCGUUGGCGGGCUUCACAAUGGGUCUGCUGGUGCUGAAGAAUUUCGACGGUCCUCACGCGCCAUCAUCGAAAACGUUGUGGUGGCUGGCGCUGGGCGUCUAUGCGGCUUUUAUGACAUUCGCGAUUGCGUUCAACCUCGUCAACACGGUCACUGCACAAAUGCUCGAGGCGGAGGGUGAGCUGGUCGAGCAGCGCUUACUUCGUAAUUUGUGCAUUACAUAA